AAAGCAAAUGACUUGCUUUUAUUCUCUGGCCCUUGGCAAGAUAUCUGCACCAUAGUAAGUACUCAUGGGUCAAAUUUUCCAUGGUAUGAAGUUCCUAACUUCUAUGGAUUUCAGUAGGAAUUAGUUGCUGAAAAUAUUAGCAGUUGUCUUUAGGUCUGAGAAAAUAAAUUUCAAAUAAUAUGAUUUACAUUGCUAUUUGUAGUCACUCACAUGUAAGUUCCACAUAUUUGUGCCACAAAUGAAGAAAUAAAUCUUUUGUAUAUCUUUACAAGAGAAAUAAUUGAAUUCAAUUAGUGAAAACAACUGGAGAGAAAACUUCAUACAAAUUAAAUAGCAAUAUUAACAUUUUAGAUUACUUCACUAAAGAUUAGUUCAUUGUUACUCUGUCUGAGCUAUUUGGGUACUUCUGCUUGCAGUAAAUUCCAUUGCCUAUGGGAUUUAAUUCCUGAGAAUUUAUUUCGUUGUUUGUAUUAGACAGCACGUCCGUUCUCUAUGGAAAAUUGUGUUUAUUUAAAGACACCAUUUGUCUUUUGCUAGCAACUCCUGUUAAAAAAAACCUUACAUAACAAGCCCAUCUGUCCAGUAAGAAAUAAGAAAAGGAGAAAUUGUAUUUUAACCAGGUGUAACUCCUCUACAUUGGCUGAGAAGUGAGAAGUGCGUGUCCACCUUCCACUCCAUAUGCAGGCACUGGCUGAUCUGUUAGCUAUAGCAGUAGCAGCAGGCCGUACCCUGGCACUUGCUGACCAUCCCACUAGAAAAAAAACAAACAAAACCCACUGCUGAUCAUUCACUUCAUCCUCCCCAGCAGCCUGCAAAGAGUUUGUCAAAUGUUUUACCCCUACUACUGACAAUUCUUCCAGAAACAGAGCUCUGUAUAUGAGAUAUAAGAGAUGUACUGUUAUACCGGGUAGAAAGGGAGAAUGUGAAAGAAAAAAACAUAUGCACAGGCAGCAAAAUGAGCAUUUUUGCUGUAGCUGUGCAGUGAAAGGCCCUUGCAUCUCACUACUUGCAUAUGCUGCAAAGAGUGACACGGCUCUGCCAAACUGUCCUGCAAUGUAGUGUCAAGUGGCCCAGUUUCCAUGCUAGGCUCUUUAUAAACUUUUCAGCCCCUACAAAAAAGUUGCCUUUUUCAUGGGAGGUAGCUACUAGCAGGUGAAUCUUAGUGUUGCCAAGCUGCUCUUCCAGAGGAACCAAACCCAGCUGGCAGGUAUUGACCUGACCUCAGUAGCAUCAAAUUAGCACCUUUUUCACGAUUAGAAGCGUCUUCUGAUAAUCCUCUCUAGUAGUAAAAAAUUGCCUACAUCUUUUCUGCCAGAAAGGGUAGAAACAAGUCGGGUACAAGAAUUCCUUCAGUAAUGUCAGGACCACUGCCUGGCGAAUUUUGUACAUAAGGUUCCCAAGCCAGCAGGAGUUUAGCUUCCAGUUUCACUGUCCUCUCUACUUAAGGAAAACAUGAACUGCUUGCACCAGGAGUCAGUCCACACACAGAGUCCAUCCCAGGAACAUGCCUGGCCUCAGCACAAGCUGCACAGAAGACUGACACCAUCUCACUAAUGCCCUCCCUCUCAUUUUCCCUCUCUCUUUGCCUGUAGUUAUUUUUAGAUUUCGCAGUUAAAGCUCGUCCCUUCUGGACACUUACACGCACAGGACAGCACACACACAUGCUGAAGAUACAACUCAGACACAGGAGUGAGCCAACUGAUCAUCUUGUCCCACAACCAGGAACAAAUUACAAUUUCUGAUGACAGAAUACUGUCCUUUGAGAGGAUGCAAAACCACAUGGAAUUUUCUGGCUUGCAAAUCUGACUAGAAGACUUUCAACAGAUAGAAAAGACGGUUUGCACAGCAACUUCCUCUUUUCUGAAAUUUCCUUCCAGUUUGCAAGAUCCUGCUGUCUUUCAGCAUUUGCUGUAAGCCUGAUUCCCAUGCCGUCCGCCAUAAAUGCAGCGGUGGCUCAGCAAACAGCUGCUGGGUCAGUCCCCAACGCCACUAUUGGCACUACGGAGGGGGCAGGAGGGGGAGCAGGGGGGAUUUAUUCUGCCAUUUUAAGUCGCAAUCAGCCCAUUAUCAGUGUAAAGGAGAAGACCUAUGAAGAGCUUCACAAGAAGUGCCUGGAGAAAAAUAUUCUCUAUGAAGAUCCUGAUUUCCCACCAAAUGAGUCCUCCCUUUUCUACAGCCAGAAAAGCCCCGUCAAGUUCGAAUGGAAAAGACCACGUGAAAUCUGUGAGAAUCCACGGUUUAUUAUUGGUGGAGCCAACAGAACAGAUAUCUGCCAAGGAGAAUUAGGUAAUUGCUGGUUUCUGGCUGCCAUUGCUUGCCUGACCCUGAAUAAAAAACUACUCUGUAGAGUCAUACCUCAUGACCAGUCCUUUAUACAAAACUAUGCUGGCAUUUUUCACUUCCAGUUCUGGCGCUAUGGAGACUGGGUGGAUGUCGUCAUCGACGACUGCUUACCCACCUACAACAACCAGCUGGUCUUUACCAAGUCCUCCCAGCGCAACGAGUUCUGGAGCGCCCUCCUGGAAAAGGCCUAUGCAAAACUCCAUGGGUCAUAUGAAGCUUUGAAGGGAGGCAACACCACUGAAGCCAUGGAGGACUUCACCGGAGGAGUCACAGAGUUCUACGAGAUAAAGGAUGCCCCUAAAGAUAUCUAUAAAAUCAUGAAACAUGCCAUUGACAGAGGAUCCCUCAUGGCCAGUUCCAUUGAUGAUGACCUAGGCUUUUCCUAUGGAUCAGCUCCUCGGAGCAACAUUGGGGAACUGAUUGCUCGCAUGGUGAAGAAUCAAGAAAACGCACAGAUGACUCAGCCCACUGUAGACUACCAGGGGAUGGAUGAGAGGCCAGCCUGGACCAUAAUGCCGAUGCAGUACGAGACACGGAUGUCCUGCGGGCUCGUCAAAGGCCACGCCUACUCCGUGACGGCCGUGGAAGAGACAGUAUUUAAAGGGGAGAAAAUACGUCUGGUAAGGCUGAGAAACCCCUGGGGCCAGGUGGAAUGGAAUGGAGCCUGGAGUGACAAGUCAGAGGAAUGGAACUCUGUUAAUGAAGCAGAGAAAAUCCGCCUGCAGCACAAGGUCGUGGAGGAUGGGGAGUUCUGGAUGUCUUUUCAAGAUUUCAUGAGGUACUUCACAAAGCUUGAGAUGUGUAACCUCACACCUGAUACUCUGGAAGUGGAUAAAUUCCAGACCUGGACUGUGUCAGUCAACGAAGGGCGCUGGGUGAGAGGCUGCUCAGCUGGAGGUUGCCGCAAUUAUCCAGAUACAUUUUGGACCAAUCCCCAGUAUCGCUUGAAGCUGCUGGAGGAAGAUGAUGAUCCUGAGGAUGAAGAGGUUAUCUGCAGCUUCCUUGUCGCACUGAUGCAGAAAAACAGGAGGAAAGAGCGCAAGCUGGGAGCCAACCUGUACACCAUUGGCUUUGCCAUCUAUGAGGUGCCCAAAGAGAUGCAUGGUACUAAGCACCACUUGCAGAAGGAUUUUUUCCUCUACAAUGCCUCCAAAGCUAGAAGUAAGACCUACAUAAACAUGCGAGAAAUCUCUGAGCGCUUCCGCUUACCUCCCAGCGAGUACGUCAUCAUCCCAUCGACAUAUGACCCCCACCAGGAGGGAGAAUUCAUCCUCAGGGUCUUCUCAGAGAAAAGAAGUCUUUCAGAGGAGGUUGAAAACAUGAUUGAGGCAGAGCGUCCAUUGAAGAAAAAGGGCAAGCCUAUCAUCUUCGUUUCUGACAGAGCGAACAGCAAUAAGGAGCUGACAGCAGAUGAAAAUGCUGGCAAAGAUGGUGAAAAAACCCAAGCAGAUGAGAAAAAGCGUUCUUCAACAAAAGCUCAUGAGGAGAGUGAAGAGCAAAAACAGUUCAGGAACAUUUUCCGACAGAUUGCAGGGGAUGACAUGGAGAUCAAUGCUGAGGAACUUAGGAACGUUCUCAAUAAUGUCGUAAAAAAACAUAAGGACCUAAGGUCAGAAGGGUUUGAAUUGGAAUCCUGCCGCAGCAUGAUUGCUUUAAUGGAUACAGAUGGCUCAGGGAAGAUAAACUUUGAUGAAUUCCGACAUCUCUGGGACAAGAUUAAAAGCUGGCAGAAAAUUUUCAAGCGUUACGACGCGGAUCAUUCAGGAACCAUUAACAGCUACGAGAUGCGCAAUGCAGUCAAAGAUGCAGGGUUUCGGCUGAACAACCAGCUCUACGACAUCAUCACCAUGCGCUACGCUGACAAGAACAUGAACAUUGACUUUGACAGCUUCAUCUGCUGCUUCGUGCGCCUGGACGCCAUGUUCCGGGCAUUCCACGCCUUUGACAAAGAUGGAGAUGGCAUCAUUAAGCUCAACGUCCUGGAGUGGCUGCAGCUCACGCUGUACGCGUAACACCGGAGCCAGCGGCCACCUUUGCCAAGAACACUCUGAAGACUUCCAAGGAACUAGCACCAUUCAUCCCAAGGGCAAGCAAGAGCAAUUCCUAAUUAUGUCGUUCAGUUGCUGAGAUAAACAGCACAUGGGAAGAAGCCCUUGGAAAAAGAGACAACCAUACUCUCAUAGACAGGACAGUGCACAUAGUUUGUAACUACUUUUAUAGCAUCCUGACAUUUUUCCUUUGGCAACAAGGAUUAAUUUAUUGAUGACUGAAUUAAGCUUUCUCUGCGUAGUGAAGACAUGGAGAAUACAUAAUUGUUCUGCUUGUGCUGACAACGGGAAAGGUCUUCCCUCAGGUCAGGUGAAACUGGGACUGUAUCUAACUGUGAAAGUCAGAGGUGUUUACUGUCACUUCGUAAUUAGUCAUUAACUCUUUGUCCUGCUCUUGGUAUUACCCUUUCAUCUCUUUGUAAUAUUUACUGAAUAUUUCACAUGAGAUUGUGCUAAUUAUGUUAAUAUUAUGCAACCCAACAACUCAGUUACAGAUUUGGCUGUGCAGGUUGGAUCUCUGCUAUGUGGAAAUGGGGGAGUAGGGCAUGACCGACUGCAAUACCAGAGUACCGCUUAUCUAACGCCUCAGCAGAAGUACCAGAACUGAGCAACUGGCUCUCAUUUUACUACCCCCAUGGGAUCUUAAUUACACAUUUGGACAUUUUAAGUGUUUUUCAUUGUAACUUCAUUCCCUGUAACACUGAGAAAUUUAUUUGCCCUUUGAGGCAGAAAACCCGGUACACAUACAAAUCUAUGUAUCUACACACACAGACAAACGUACUUCCCCCAGCCCUGGUCCUGUUUCCCAAUAGUACCAUGCAUUUCUUUAUUGCAAGAGGUGACGUGUAGCAGAAUCAGAUACUGUAUCAGCAUGACCACUUUGGGAAUAUUAUUCCAAUAGGCAAGUAGAAUUAGCUUAAUGGAACCAAAAAUAAAAUCAAUUGGAUUUUUGGCCUA